GGAGAGUCAGGGAGGAGGCAACACUCAAUUCCAUCUCGAAAUUCCCGAUAAAUUUUGGUGUUUGGCUUGUUUGCAUCCGGAUCCUAAAAUACGAGGCAGUCAAUUCUUAGCACGUGAUGAAGGUUCACACGACAAGAAAAGGGGUAACACAUCACCUCACUAGAGAAACAAGACAGCGAGUGAAGGUUUUCUUUUCUUUUCUCACGAGUGGACGAGCGUUCAGUAUUAAUAUAUGUGCAUUGCUUGCAUUCCAAGCGCAAUCCAUCGACUCCCCUCCUUCCCAUCCCAAUCCAGCAAUUAUGCACCCGCUGAAACGUAACCGCACUGUACCAUCGGUACAGCGACCCAAACCCGAAUCUACUCUAUAACAAUUGCUCUUCUCCCAAGAGAAUACAACAAGGAACUCCAUCCCAACUCAAACCUAUAUCUU